AUGAGUAACUUCUAUCAACCAUUAUAUAAGAGGGGUGUAAAAUUUAAAUGGGAUUUUUAUAUUUAUAGAAAUAUUCAUAUUUAUAAUAAGUUGGGAUAUGAACAAUUUUUGUUAAAAAGAUGGAAAAAUUUAAAUGUAAGGAACAUACAUAAUACUGUUUGUGGUAAGAAAAAAAAUAAUAUAUCUAAAAAUGUAAAAGGUUGUAAAAAUAAUCAUAAUAAUAAAUAUACAAUAAAAUGCAAACAUGUAUUACGCAGUAAAAUUAAUGAAGAUGAAGAAGAAAAAAAAAUAAUAUUUGGGAAUAAAAAUGUGAAUGGGAAUACACUACUUAAAUAUAUAGAAAACGAUAAAAAAGUAUUGCUAUAUACAUUGUGUAAAAUUUUUCUAAAAAAAAAAAAUGAACAAAUAAAAUAUAAUAACCUUUUUAAUAAUUUAUAUCAAAAUGUUAUGGAAGCAAUAAUUGGAAAAGAAAGUAAAUUGUCUUUUUCUGAAAAAUUAGUUUAUUUAAGUUGUGUAAAUAAUAAAGAAUAUGCUGAAAAAAUAAAUUUAACAAAAGAUAAUAACCAUAAAUAUAUAAAAUGUAUAAAUGAUAAAAAUUUAUACAACUAUUUUUGUACAAUAUUGAAACAAAAAAAAAAUAAUAACUUAUCGAAUGAAGAAAUUAUAGAAGAUAUACAAUCAUUUUUAAGAAAAAAAAUAAACAAAAAUAUUUUAAAUAGUAUAUCAAAUUAUCUUUUUAAUUUAUCAUAUUUAAAUAGUAAGAAUAUAAUAGAAACAAAUAGUUUGUAUUAUUUUUCUUUAUAUAUUUUAAAAUAUAUAAAAAAUAAAAUAAAAAAAAGAAUGUCUAUAAUUCAAUUAGCUAGCUACACUGAAUUAUUAACAUCCAUAAUGUGUAUUAAUAAAUUAAAAAUGGAAAAAGAAAAAAUUAAUUUAUCACAUCAAACAAAUAUAGAAUCUUUCAAUACAUUAAUGAUGAUGAAUAAAAAUGAAUACCCAUUUGAAACUUGCAAUUUUUCAAAAACAUGUCGUAAUCAUAUACUCACAACUCAAAAUUGUAAUAUAACAACUUCUUCAUAUAAUUUAACUAAAACAAAUUUAUCAUAUAUUAAUAAUUAUUUUAUUCAUUAUUUUAAUGCAUACAAUUUUGUCCGAGAACAAGAAGAUACAAAUUUUAUAGAUGAACAAAAAUAUGUAAAAAAACAAAAUGAAAAUACACAAAUUAAUAAUUAUAAAAAGGAAGAAUGUACAAAAAGAAUAGAAUCAUUAAAUAUGAAUUAUCAAGAAAAUGAAAUCGAAGAGAAUAAAAAUAAUCAAUGUGAUGAAAAAGGAUUACAAGAUAUGAAUUUCGAAAUAAAAUACAUGAUAUAUAUUAUGAACCAAAUAAUAAUUUGUGCAUUAAAAAAAUGCUUACACAAUUUUAAGAAAGGAAUAAAAAAUAAAAAUUUUAUAGAAUAUGCUCAAAAUAUUAUAUAUGUAAUAACUAACUAUAUGUUUAAUUGUUUACAAUAUAACAUUUUUUGUAUAUCUCUUUUUCAAACUCUUGAAGAUAUUUUAUUACAAUCUUAUAAUAAUUCUAUAGACAAUGUUAAAAAUAAAAAUUGUUAUAUAAAUCAAAACAAAAAUGAAAACUCAAAUAAAAUGGUUCAUAAUUUUUUUAAUCUAGUACCUAUAACAAAUAAAGUUUAUUUGAUACAUUUAUAUUCUCUAAAUUAUAAUAUAAAUAAUAUGAAUAAAUGUGAAAAUUCAAUUAUAUUUAAAAAUCUUUUAAAUGAAUUAUUUUUUGAUGAUUGUAAAUCAUUAAGAAAACGAGAAAAAGUAUUAUUAUAUAUUAGUAUUUCAAAAAUAUUUUUAUCUAAAAAAAAAUAUAUAGAAAAAUUAAAUAAUAUAUUAUCUAAUGAAUUAAUCAAUUUUACAUAUAGAGAUUUAUAUAUCAUAGUAUAUGCCUUGAGUUGUUCUAAAUAUAAUGAUCCACCUUUUAUUGAGAUAUUGUUAAGAAAUAUUUAUAAAUUAAAACAUAAAUAUUCAAAUACCAAGCUACUAACAAUUAUUUCGAUUUUUCAUUCAUUUAAUGUGAAUACCUCUCUUUUUAAUAUGCUACUAUCUUAUUACAAUCGAAAUGAAUCUGUUUCCCAUCAAGUAGAGGAAAUACCUUCUGAGGAUAGCUCUCCAAAAUGUAUUCGAAAAUUAGAAGAAGAUUUGGAGAAUAAGGAACGAAUUUUAAUGGAAUUAUCAGCUCAUAUUAAACAGGAUAAUAAUGAUAAUUUUACGUUUGCAGAGUCAGAUAUGCUUGAAUUUCAUUCGAGUAACAAUACACAAAUAAAUGGGGAAUCUGAUAAAGAGCUCCGAGCAGAAUAUGCUAAGUUAAAUUCACAUUCAAAAAAAAAAAAAAAAUUUAAAUCAAAAUAA